AUGAAUAUCGUGAAAUUACAAAGAAAAUUCCCCAUCUUAUCCCAAGAAGAUCUAUUCAACACAAUAGAAAGAUUCAGAUCCAUCGAUUUGGAUGAUAAAGGUUGGGUCGAGAAGCAACAAGCUCUAGAAGCUGUUCAAAAAACCGGUGAGGCCUCUUACGAUGAAGCCAGAGAAACGUUGAAAAGAGUCAACGUAGAUGCAUCAGGUCAUGUCGAAUUGGAUGAUUAUGUGGAAUUGAUCGCUAAAUUAAAAGAAUCGAAAUCUGAACCUGUACCACAAACUAGUUUCAGCGUAGAUAAUUCUACGGCAAAUGCUAUCCCUGUACAACCUACUCCUAUGGGGUUGAAACAUGAAGGUGAAGGGGCAAGAGCAAGGAUUAUCGUUGGCGGGUCCACUACGGGGACCACUCAUACUAUUAAUGAGGAAGAGAGAAGGGAAUUUACUAAACAUAUUAAUCAGGUCUUAGCAGGUGACGAAGAUAUCGGAUAUAUGUUACCAUUCCCUGAGGAUACUUUCCAAUUAUUUGAUGAAUGUAAAGAUGGGUUGGUUUUGUCUAAAUUAAUUAAUGAUUCUGUCCCAGAUACUAUUGAUACAAGAGUAUUGAAUAUGCCUAAGAACAAUAAAAGAUUGAACAAUUUCCAAGCAAGUGAAAAUGCUAAUAUAGUUAUUAACUCAGCAAAGGCUAUCGGAUGUGUUGUUGUUAAUGUCCACUCUGAAGAUAUUAUUGAAGGUAAAGAACAUUUAAUCCUGGGUUUAAUUUGGCAAAUCAUUAGAAGAGGUCUUUUAAGUAAGAUUGAUAUUAAACUACAUCCUGAAUUAUAUCGUUUAUUGGAAGAUGAUGAAACUUUAGAACAAUUCUUAAGAUUACCACCUGAACAAAUCUUAUUACGUUGGUUUAAUUAUCAUUUGAAACAAGCUAAUUGGGGUAGACGUGUAACUAAUUUUUCCAAAGACGUCUCAGAUGGUGAAAAUUAUACCAUUUUGUUAAAUCAGUUAGCACCAACAUUAUGUUCGAAGGAUCCAUUACAAACUACUGAUCUGUUACAAAGAGCUGAACAAAUCUUAGUCAACGCGGAAAAAUUAGAAUGUAGAAAAUAUUUAACUCCAAGAGCUCUUGUCGCAGGAAAUCCAAAAUUGAAUUUGGCCUUCGUAGCUCAUUUAUUUAACACUCACCCAGGUUUGGAACCAAUUGAAGAAGAAGAACAACCUGAGAUUGAAGAAUUCGAUGCAGAAGGUGAAAGAGAAGCAAGAGUCUUCACUUUAUGGUUGAAUUCAUUAGAUGUUGACCCACCUGUAGUUUCAUUAUUCGAAGAUUUGAAAGAUGGGUUGAUCUUAAUGCAAGCUUAUAAUAAAGUUAUGCCAAAUACUGUUGAUUUCAAACAUGUUAAUAAAAAACCAACUUCUGGCGUUGAACUUUCAAGAUUUAAAGCCUUAGAGAAUACUAAUUAUGCUGUGGAAUUGGGUAAACAUAAUGGAUUUUCACUAGUGGGAAUUGAAGGCUCUGAUAUAUUAGAUGGUAAUAAAUUAUUAACAUUAGGUUUAGUAUGGCAACUAAUGCGUAGAAAUAUUACAAAUACAAUGAAACAUUUAUCAUCCACAGGUAGAGAUAUGAGUGAUUCUCAAAUCUUAAAAUGGGCUCAAGAUCAAGUUGCAAAAGGCGGUAGAAGUUCUACAAUUCGUUCAUUCAAAGAUCCAUCUCUUUCAAAUGCUCACUUCUUAUUGGACGUAUUAAAUGGUAUUGCUCCAGGUUAUGUCAAUUAUGAUCUGGUUGCCCCAGGUAACAAUGAAGAGGAAAGAUACGCUAAUGCAAGAUUAGCUAUCUCAAUUGCAAGAAAGUUAGGUGCGUUGAUUUGGUUAGUACCUGAAGAUAUCAAUGAAGUUCGUGCAAGGUUAAUCUUAACAUUCGUUGCCUCAUUAAUGUCUAUUCAAAAGAACUGA